UCGAACAAAUACAGUUAUGAAAAUUAUGAACAUUUUUUUUUGUGUAGUUGUUGAAUUUAUUUUUUAUACUACAGCAGCGAAGUUACCAUUGCUGAAUCCUAUAAGGCAUGAAGCUCGAGUAACAGAUGUACACGUUACGUUUAAUAAAUCAUUCUUUGAAUACUUAAUAAUUGAUUAUAAGCAAUUUUAUGAUAUACAAUAUUUCCAAUUACACAGCAUGGCCGUGUCAAAAGUAUUCCCUUAUCGUAUGAGGGUAGAAGUAAUUAAAUGUAAAGAGCACUUCAUUGAUUGCGCGAACCACAGAUCUUUUGAUAUAACGAACAUUUGUGAUAAGGUAGAAGUAGUAAUGCUUUUUGCUGUCAUUGAUUAUAAAAAUCAAGAAGUUAAAUGUCCACUAAAAGGUGAAUACAUUUUAAAAAAUAUGACACUCUCGUCUAAAUCAUAUUCAACAUUGUUCGCGCCAACGGAGUCAUGGUGGAAGAAUGCAUAUAAUUUAUUAAUAGAAGUAUUUGACGAAAUGAAUUCACAACUUGGCAGUUUCAGUACAAGUUUUUAUUAUUUGACCUAUCGUAGCAAAAAGAAUUAAUAUGAUAUAAUUAUGUUAAGAUUAUUAUUAAGAUAAUCAUAUUAAUUAAUAAUAAGAUAAUAUAAUUAUUUGUAGAAGAUUGUAAAAAUAUUAAAACUGUUUUAAGUGUUGAUUGAGCAUAAUUGAUAUUUAAUUAUAUUUGCCUUUAGUAUAUUAAUAAAUUAAAAUAAAUUAUAUAUCUUUAAAAAGUAAUUAAUAAACAAAAAUAAUUUAUGUAU